UUCAUCCCUCUGAGCUUUGUCUCGACAUUCUCUUCUGCAGAGGAAGAAAGGGCAAUGGCCAUUUUUGGAAUGAGAUGCUUCAGCUCCAAGAAGAUGGCGCUCCUGUGCUUCUUCUUCUUCUUCUUCUUCGUGGCCGCUGUUCAAGUUCGAGCACAGACGACAGAUGCAGGUUUCAUUAACAUCGACUGCGGCAUCCCGGAGAACUCUUCCUACGUCUCGGGCCUAACUUACGUCUCCGAUGCACAGUAUACGGACACCGGUGUCAACUACAACGUCUCGCCGGCGUCCUUCCCUGCUCUCGCUCAACGAUUUUUGACGGUGAGAAGCUUCCCUGACGGAGCUCGCAAUUGCUACACCUUCAAGUCGAUCGUCCGGGGGUGGAAGUACCUCAUCAGAGCAACAUUCUUGUACGGGAACUACGACCUCAAAAACAGUCCUUCCGUUCAGUUUGAUCUCUACCUCGGCGUCAACCUCUGGAAGACGAUAAACCUGACAGAUCCAUCAAGUAACUAUUUGACCGAAGCUGUUACCGAGGCCAUCACUGAUCUGAUAUCGGUGUGUCUGGUGAACACCGGCCGUGGGACUCCUUUCAUAUCGGGGUUGGAUCUGAGACCAACGGCGGCGUCUCAUUAUCCGCUGGUCAACGCCUCUCGCAGUCUGGUUCUUUUGGAUCGCUUCAACAUGGCGCCGACCGGUAUCUCUAUCAGGUAUCCAUUGGACCCGUAUGAUCGUUAUUGGUUCCAAUAUACAACCCAACCUUCCUGGGAUGAGAUAUCCACCAACUCCACUGUCGAAACUCCUGGCAAUGAUCACUUUGAGGUACCUUCCAAGGUGAUGCAGACGGCAGUUUUCCCUGCGAACUCUACCAAACUGGAGCUCAGUUUCACACCAGAUCCUGGAGACCUCGAUGAAUUCUACGCCGUCAUGUACUUCGCCGAGCUGCAGCAGAACGCCUCGAGGCAGUUCUUCGUCUACCUCAACGGAGCCCUGUUGAAUGACGCCAAACCUUUCACUCCGGACUUCCUCGUUUCCGACGCCAUAUAUAACAUCAAUCCUAGCGCAGGAUACAGUGAGCUAAACAUCUCACUGGUCGCAACAGAGAGUUCCACACUUCCUCCCCUCCUCAACGCGGUGGAGGUCUUCUCGACGGUGCGAAACACGAACGUGGCAUCGGAUGGUGGAGAUGUUCAUGCCAUGAUGGCGAUCAAGGAGUGGUAUCAGGUGAAGAACAACAAUUGGGCAGGCGAUCCAUGUUCUCCCAAAUCUUAUACCUGGGAUGGGCUUAAUUGUACCUUCAAUGCAUCUGGUAUUCCGAGGGUCACUGCACUCAAUCUGUCAUACAAAGGAUUGAUUCGUGAAAUAAGCCCUUCUUUUGCCAGCCUCAGUGCGAUUCAGUUCUUGGAUUUAUCUCACAACAACUUAACAGGACCAAUACCUGCUGCUCUGGCAUAUAUACCAUCUCUCAAGCUCUUAGAUUUGACAGACAACCAACUCGAUGGAUCAAUUCCUUCUGCUCUUCUCGAGAGAUCACGGAAUAAAUCGAUUACACUAAGAACUGAUGGCAACCCAAACCUCUGUGACGAUCCUGCUUCUUGCGAGUCAAAGCCGACGUCAAGGCAGAAGGGAAAGACCGCAGCUAUCGUUAUAUCUUGUGUGGUUUCCGUGGUGGUACUCUUUGCGGCGGUAAUCAUUCUCUACAUGCUAAGAAAGAAACAAGGCUUGAAAUCCUCGGCAAGAGGAACCACUGAUAAGCGUCAUAACGACGAUGAAUUGCCACUUGAGAAUCGAAAGUUCACAUAUAGGCAGCUGCAGAGCAUCACUGACAACUUUGAGAGAAUCAUUGGAAAAGGAGGAUUUGGGACUGUUUAUUAUGGCCAUCUGGAAGAUGAUACCGAAGUUGCUGUCAAGAUGCUAUCCCAGUCAUCAUCACAAGGAACUAAAGAGUUUCUUGCCGAGGCCCAGCAUUUGACGAGGGUGCAUCACAAGAAUCUAGUCUCUAUGGUCGGCUACUGCAUGGAUGGAGAUCAUUUGGCACUUGUCUACGAGUUCAUGUCUCAGGGAACCCUUAAAGACCAUAUUAGAGGUACUGGCACUGCUGCACCUUUGAGCUGGGAACAGCGCCUACAGAUCGCUCUUGAAGCUGCACUAGGACUCGAGUACUUGCACACCGGCUGCAAGCCUCCACUGAUUCAUAGAGACGUGAAGACCACAAACAUCCUCUUGAACGAAAGGCUGGAGGCAAAGAUAUCAGAUUUCGGGCUCUCCAGGACUUUCCAGAGUGACGGCCACAGUCAUGUCUCCACCAGGGUCGUCGGCACCAUGGGAUACCUCGAUCCAAAGUAUUUCACUUGGCUUCUUGUUGACAUGAAUGAGCACACAAGCAAAACGCAAAACCUAACCGAUGGAACGAUUGUUCUUAUUUAGGUACUUCAACAGAAACCAACUGAGCCAGAAGAGUGAUGUGUAUAGCUUUGGGGUGGUUCUCCUGGAGCUGAUCACAGGGCAACCUCCGGUGGUGAAUGAUCCCGAGAACACUCACCUGGUGGAAUGGGUUCGCCGAAGGCUUGCAAAAGGGAACAUCGAGGACGUGGUCGACCCGAGCCUGCAGCAGGAGAACGUUGUGAAUUCUGCUUGGAAGGUGGCCAAUGUGGCGCUGGCAUGCGCUGCUCAUGCGUCGAGCAACAGGCCGACGAUGAGUGAUGUGGUGAUGCAGCUGAAGGAAAGCUUGGCGUUGCACGGUGACGGAGCUAAGCUCCAUUUCCAGCACUUGAGCAGCGAGAAGAUGUACACUGAUUCGGGCGAUAUAAGCCAGAUUAGUAAGUUUGAUAUCGAGCAGGUUGGGAACAUUUCAGAUAGCGAAGGCCCUUCAGCAAGGUAACGCUGGUCUCGCCACCUCUGUUUUGGGUCGUGCUUCGCGUGGUUCGAGAAUGAACACAAACGGGAGGAGAAUGUAUCCGGCUUCUUUGUGCUCAAAGACCACAAGUAUUGGGAGUUACUCGACGUAACAACAAAUAUUAUACAUAUGUUAAAGCAUUUGUUAA